AUGGACCGCAGUCUCGGACCGUAUCGAUUUGGCUACCCCGACGAUGGACUUGCCAGGUACAUAUUAGGUGAUGCAUUGGAGCAGUAUCUCUCGUGCGAUGAGUAUUUCUGGUGGCAGAAUUUGCGCGUCGGAAAGAAAGUUUUCAAAUUCCAGGCCUUUCUGCAUACCCGGGAGGAAGAACAGAUGAAGAUCUGGAAAUCAUUCCGGCAAAUGAGAACAGUAAACAGGCCAAUGGAAGAUGCCAUUGAUAUUCAAAGGCCACGUUUGGGGCAGUUUCUGUUGACUUGGAUGAAAGAGUCAGAACUUCGCCAGGCGAAGAAUAUCCUAGAGGAUCAAUGCGAUGGGAGAUAUGGAAAUGCGAUCAGAGCUAUAGAAACCGAGCUGGUCAACAAGAAGGGGGAAGACGGUGUAAAACAUGGUUCCUCGUGUUUCCCAACGGGCUGUUUCUGCUGUGCGGAUUGUUGUUAAAUUAUUCCUAAUGGUGGAUGCCCAUGACGACGGAUCUGCAUACUACUCUCGAUACCCUUAUUUUGCGGUGGCGAUAUUUAGUUGCC